UUUAGUAUCAUUUAUAGUACUUUGACUUACUUUUCCUCCUAGAUUGGCAGAUUAGUUAUUGGACAGAAUGGUAUCUUAUCCACACCUGCUGUUUCAUGUAUCAUCCGAAAGAUCAAAGCAGCCGGUGGAAUUAUUUUAACAGCUAGCCACAGUCCUGGGGGACCUGGAGGAGAGUUUGGAGUCAAGUUUGAAGUUGCAAAUGGAGGACCUGCUCCAGAUAUAGUUUCAGAUAAAAUCUAUCAAAUCAGCAAAACCUUGGAGGAAUAUGCCAUUUGUCCCGAUCUCAGAGUUGAUUUGUCACGUCUAGGAAGACAAGAGUUUGAUCUGGAGAACAAAUUCAAACCUUUCCGAGUGGAAAUUGUGGAUUCUGUGGAUAUCUACCUCAAUCUCCUUCGAAGUAUCUUUGACUUCAAUGCCAUCAGAAAUUUGCUGACUGGACCCAAUCAGAUUAAAAUAAGGAUUGAUGCCAUGAAUGGAGUUAUGGGACCUUAUGUGAGAAGAAUCCUGUGUGAUGAACUGGGAGCUCCUGCAAAUUCUGCCAUAAACUGUAUUCCUCUGGAAGAUUUUGGUGGACAGACUCCUGAUCCCAAUUUAACAUACGCAACUGCCUUGCUGGAGGCUAUGAGAGGUGGCGAGUAUGGAUUUGGGGCUGCUUUUGAUGCUGACGGAGACCGCUACAUGAUCCUUGGCCAAAAUGGUUUCUUUGUUAACGCAUCGGAUUCAUUGGCCAUAAUUGCUGCCAAUCUGUCUUGCAUUCCAUACUUUUGUCAGAUGGGUGUCCGAGGAUUUGGCAGGAGCAUGCCUACCAGCACAGCCCUGGACAA